GAGGAUAACCAUGAGCACUAAGGGCGUUUGCUGUGGCGGGAUCAGCGAGGGGAAGGCUGUCACCCAGGAGGUUCAACAGCUUGCCGAUUCAGUGAAGCCCCAGGUUGAAGAGAAAGCUGGAAAAACAUUUGAUGCAUUUGUUGUCAAAGCCUACAAAACGCAAGUUGUAGCUGGGACCAACCACUUUUUUAAAAUCCAUGUUGGUGGCAGUGACUACAUUCAUGUCAAAGUAUAUGAAAUCCUUCCUUGUCAUGGAGGUGAAAAGCAGAUACUGGACAUCCAGAGCAACAAAUCAAAGGAUGAAGAACUAACUUUCUUAUGAAUACAAAAUAUCUUGCUGUCAGUGCUCUAGGCUUAUGCAAAAGUAGUUUGUUUUAUAUUUUUAAGCUUUUCUCUUUUGGCUUUAUCAAAACUGGGGACAUUCUUAUUUUGCAUCAACUUCUAGCCAUAUAAACCAGCGGUCCCCAA